UCAAGCCGCUGUCGCGGGAGCAGCAGCAGCAAAGCCGCCCGCCCGCCUCAGACAGCCACUCAGCCCCGAGGAAGAAGGAAAGGAAGGAAAGCGAAGCGCGCGGGCGGGCGGGCUUAUUAUGGGCUGUUGCGGGUGCCGCUGAGCCAAGAUGGAGCUGUCUGCAGUGGGCGAGCGGGUCUUCGCGGCCGAAUCCAUCAUCAAGCGGCGGAUCCGAAAGGGACGCAUCGAGUACCUGGUGAAGUGGAAAGGCUGGGCCAUCAAGUACAGCACUUGGGAACCUGAAGAGAACAUCCUCGAUUCCCGUCUGAUUGUAGCCUUUGAGCAAAAGGAGCGGGAACGUGAGCUGUAUGGACCUAAGAAGAGAGGACCCAAACCUAAAACUUUCCUGCUGAAGGCUCGGGCCCAGACAGAGGCCCUACAUAUUGGGGAUGUACAUUUUUCUGUUAAGCCUAGUUCCAGCACAGCCUCACCUAAGCUCCACUCCAGUGCUGCGGUGCACCGGCUGAAGAAGGACAUUCGGCGAUGCCACCGUAUGUCUCGACGUCCGUUGCCCCGCCCAGAUCCCCAGAGUAGUGGAGUGGGUGGGGGCACUGGCAUACGUCCUCCUGUCUCUCCCUUUUCGGAGACCGUCCGCAUCAUCAACCGGAAAGUGAAGCCUCGUGAGCCAAAGCGCAGCCGCAUUAUACUCAACCUGAAGGUCAUUGAUAAAGGUGGGAAAGGAGCAGGUGGGGGAGGAAACUUGGCACGGUCCAAGAUCCCAUCACGAAACCGAGUCAUUGGCAAGAGCAAGAAGUUUAGUGAGAGCAUGCUUCGCAACCAGAUCCGCCACAUGAAAUUUGGAGGUUUUCCUAUGUACAACAAGCCAUCUGCUCCAUCUGCAUCAUUGGAAGGGAAGAUAGAGGCAGGAGGAUCUCAAGGUGCUUCUUGUGGGGUCAUUGGCUCGAAUGCAUACGAUGCCCGCAGUUCCAGCUCCUCUGACUGCCCUUCACCAGCUCCUCACUCCUCAUCUGAUCCAGAUGAUUCACCACCAAAGCUGCUUCCUGAGACGCUAAGCCCUGCCAUUCCUGACUGGCGUGAGUCAGAGGUCCUCGAUCUGUCAAUUCCUCCUGAGUCUGCAGCCACUAGGAAGCGGUCUUCUUCAGGAGGAGGUGGAGGAAGUCAGAUGCCAUCAUCUCCCUCUUCAUCUGAUCCAGAACAGGAAACCGGUGAUUGGCGUCCUGAAAUGUCCCCUUGCUCUAAUGUGGUGGUCACUGAUGUCACCAGCAACCUCUUAACAGUCACCAUCAAGGAAUUCUGUAAUGCUGAGGAUUUUGAGAAGGUGGCGGCAGCUGGAGGUGGUGGCAGCAGUGGUGCCAGUGGCAAAUGAGAAGCUGCAUCUUUCGCUGGGCUUGGGGAAGGGGGAUAGGACAGGGAGGCUCUUCUGCAAGUUCAUGCAUGGUGUGGAUGCCUGUUUUCUCCCCUCUCUUCCUUUUCAACCAUUUUUUCUCUUUUUGCUUGGAAUUUAAGAUGAUAAUUGAGGAAUUUGAUUAGAUGUGUGCUUGAAGUUCUCAGAUGUUACAGCUGCUAGGAGUUAUAAUGGGACACAAGGUUUCACUUUUCUCUACAAGGAGUGUGUUGCACUUACUUAAGGAUUGGCAAAUAAAAUUAUGAGUUGAUGAGGAAUAUGUUUUUGCAUGAGGAUGUUUUUCUGUCCAAUUCAGUAAAACAAGCAACAUCUAUUGGCCACUCCUUGUUUUACAGUUCUUUGCAGCUAUAACCAAAAGUUGUCACCUUUUACAUCUCUUACUUGGAUACGAUGGCUAGCAUUGAGUAUACUCAAGGAGGAAGAAGCUAUUGGGGCCGUUGUGGGGGAGAUUAGACAAAAGUUUUAUUGUAAGCUGCCCUGAGUCCCCUAUUGGGUGAGAAGGGCGGGAUACAAGUAUUGUAAUAAAUAAAUAAAUAAAUAAAGGAGAUCAUGCUGUUUAAGUGGGGCCUGCUGUAGAAUUUCCUGAGGGAUUUAUGUAUACUAAUUCUUCAGUGUCAUCCAGUUACUCUUCCACUUUGCGUAAUAUUAGGGGUGCUAACUCAGUUAAUAGUAAUACUACUUUUUGGCGGCCUGGGUGUGUUCUCCCUUCUCAUCUGUCAUGUUACGUCUGGUUCUAGCACGUGACGUACAUUUGUUUUGGUCAAGCCAGAGCUGCUUCGUCCUUUUUAAUCUGCCAGUCUUAUCCUGUCAUCUGCUGCCAUUUCUUUAUCUUCUUUACACCGAGGCACCUGGGUUCCUUUCCUGAAAUUCCCAAUGAAAGGAGAAUCCAUAUCUUUCACUAUGGGAGAAAUAAGAUUAUUUUUAUAUUGAAUUAGUGAAUUUGAUUCCAUUAUCCUUUCUAUGACAUGAGUGAACAAGCUUGCAUGCUAUCUUCAUCUACACACCUCUCUAGUUGAGUGAGCUAGAAUAUGAACACCUGCAAUUUCCAGGAUGUCAAAUUGCCUCUACAAUUGCCAACCAAAGGUGCUAAGAACCUAUUAUAAAUCUUACUAUGUGUCUCUUAGAUUUUGAGGUGUAUGUAUAGUGUACAUGUGAAGUAUAUUUUUGCCUCUUCCUCCCAUCCACCUCCCACAAUGCCUUGCUGUUCAUGAAUUCAUUCUGACUGAAAUCUAAACACCUUGUCUCGAAAACAGAUAAUAGUGUGGUUUCUUUUCCCACUUUCCCUCCGUCAUCCAUCAGGUGUUGAUAACUAUGAACUCGCGUAUUGGUGUCCAAGUUUCAUUGCAGAUAUGCAACCAUAUCUGCAAGCUACUGCUUCAUGGCUCUCUUGUCAUGUUAGGUUGCAGCCUUGUUGCAAGAUUUCCUCCCCCUCCUGUGUGCCUAUUCUUAGUGGCAUUUGUAUGUGUGUGUCUCUGUGUGUAUGAUGUUACCUAUCAUUCUCUUUGUAAAAUUUGUUACACUGUUGGGGGACAAGGGUGUAUUUGGGGUAAUCAUUCUUAAGGGCUUGCCUGCAUGCUACACUUCACUGAAAUAACCAAGUUCUUAACAACAUCUAUUUACUGUAUUCCUUUUUGAACUUUCAAGGGCUUGCUUGGUGUGUUUUUGUUUGUUUUAAAUAAUGACUUAAUUAUUUAUCAAUUUAUGUAAAAGCUGGUGCUGCAAAUAUUUGUGGCUUUUGGUCCUUGAUUGACAUGUUUUGUUGUUGUUUUUAAGUGACAUACUCUGAUCUUAUUGUUUCACAUUAGGAAGGAAUUCCACUGUCCCUUCACUUUUCUUUCUGUUUUAUGCUGUCAUGCUUUUAUUCACAGUACGAAUUUCUUCAGUGACUUGGCAAAGCUCCAGUUGACUUUGUGCUUAAAAAACUCCGGGACUUUGCCUAGUACAGGUCUGAAAGAUGGUAUGUGGUGAUACGUUAUUAAUAAUCUUAAGUAUAAGUGUUUAUACAUAGAGAUGCCUAACAGAAGCAACAUGUGUAAUGUUAAACAGUGUGAUUGUCUGUGACAGUUUGAGUAUAGUUGGUAUCUAAGACAUGAGAUUCAAAGAUGUUGCUAUUCCUUUAGCCUAUUAUACAACACCCUUUGUGUCUUUUAUAAAAUCUUUCAAAAUCAGUGAAAUCUCUAUGAUGUGUAAGGUUAUGUACCUGCACUCACCUUUCACUGUUGUACCUGUCCAAGGCUUUCUGCAAAUCCACAUGUGCAUGCUUUGGAUAAUUAUUUGUUGUUUUUUGUGGGUUUGUUGAGGUGGGCUGUAUCACUGCUUUGCCUUGAAAGAAGUGGGAGACUUACAGCUGUAGCUUCAGUGGUGGGUGGGCUGGGUGAAGACAGACAUGUAUAAUGGGGGGUCAGCAGGGAGACUUGUAUUAAAGAGAAGACUUUAAGGGAGAAAAAAUAGAAUUAUUUUAUGAAGCUGCAAGAGAGGAACUAUUAUACUGGUGCAUACUAGUCAAUCGUGUUUUGAGAUUGCUGGGUAUGUUUGUGGUGUUUUAUUUUGAAGUUUGUCUAAGAAGUAGAUGGGUAAUAUUAAAAGGGAAUUUAGUAGGAAACCCCUAAAUUAGUUUAGCACAUGGGCCCUUGGCUGAUUUAUCCACCCUGCUCCCUCCUGAACUUCCUGUCAUCAUGGUUUGUACAGAAUAAGGCUUUCAUGUUCUUUUAAAAAGUGGUGCAAAAUUAUCUUUUUAAAAAAAAAAAAUUGGCUGAUUUAAUUUAAGGUACAGUAGAGUCUCACUUAUCCAACAUUCACUUAUCCAACGUUCUGGAUUAUCCAACGCAUUUUUGUAGUCAAUGUUUUCAAUAUAUUGUGAUAUUUUGGUGCUAAAUUCGUAAAUACAGUAAUUACUACAUAACAUUACUGCGUAUUGAACUACUUUUUCUGUCAAAUUUGUUGUAUAACAUGAUGUUUUGGUGCUUAAUUUGAAAAAUCAUAACCUAAUUUGAUGUUUAAUAGGCUUUUCCUUAAUCUCUCCUUAUUAUCCAACAUAUUUGCUUAUCCAACGUUCUGCUGGCCCAUUUAUGUUGGAUAAGUGAGACUCUACUGUACUUACAAGGGCACCAGGUUGACAUUUUUGUUCUUUUCAAUGAUAGAUAAAGGAUGGACUAGGAAAUUCCUUUUGAUGGAAUUUGUUCCAGCAUAAAAAGUACCCAGUAUAAGGUUUUUAAAGGGGGGAGGGAGAGAGAAGAACUUCACGAUGUGGUAAAGAUAAUUUCCUUUUAAUGCUUCGUACUAUUUUGACAUGAAAGUAAGGAUAUCCAAUUCUUUUAGAGGGGAGGACUAAACAUAUGCCCAGCAGGUGUGUUUGACUAUGGCUUCUGGAUGUAUGUUUAUUCUGUACAUUCAGAUGUGCAUCUCUUUCAGCACAAUUGUGUUUUUAUGUGGUGCACGAUAAAAAGAAAUUCAUCUUUCUCAUAAUAUGUGAAGUAGUCUUGAGUGUAAAUAAGGGCUGAAACCUAUUCAGAUAACAACUACUUUUCCGUAUCUAGUGUUUUUGGCAUAGUACCUAUCAGAAUGGUUGUUCUGAAGUUUUUUAUUCCUUCUAAACACCCUUCCAGAAAAACCAUGGGAAAGGAACAAACAGGUGUACCCAUGAAAUGCUGGUUGUUUUUUUUCUUUUCCUCCUCCUUGUUGGAUAACACCCUCCAAAAACUUAAGUUACCAUUCCUUUCCAUUGACAACCUUAUCCCUGACACAGUUUGACCACUAGAGAGUGACGGAGAGCUAUCAUUAUUACAUAGUGAUUAAGCUAUGUUUGAUGCCUUGUAUCUUUCCAAAUGUUUCCUCUCAUGCUGAGAGGAUAAGAAACAUGUUGUAGAUGCAUUUGGCUGGAAGAUGUCAUGUGAAUGGGGUGUGAGGGAACCAAGGGAACAUUGUUUGUGUCUGUGCCAUGUUUGUUGUCUUUUGUUCUUAAAGGAGAGUUUGGUGAAAGGGGGAGGGGGGAAGAGAAAAGACUUAGUUUUGCUAAAAAAGGAAAAAAGAAAAGUUUUUUUUAAAGGUAAUGAGAUUUUUACAGAGAAGGAUAGAUAAUUUAAAAAAUAUUAAAUGCAGUGAUUGCACAAACUGUAGUGAUAUUAGCUGGUCCUUAAAGAAGAGAGUAUUUUUAGUAUUUGUGUGUGAUGGGGAGGGUGACAUUCAGAUAAUUGAGAAUAGGUGAGGGGGAAAAAGCAAAGAGUGUAACAAGAGCUACAGUUUUUGAGGCGAGGAAAUGAGUCCUUAUCUUUUUCUUUUAAUCCUUCUAGUACCCUUAACCCGAGGGCAUGGGGAUAAUGCUUUUCCUUCUACCUACUUCUCUUCUUGAAUAUAAUUAUGCCAGAAUUUAAUUUUGCUCUGACAAAGUUUUGUUGGAUGAGGCGUGUGGCUCGUGGCCAUGAAUUUGUAGGUGCAACUUAACUGUAUGGACUUGAAAAUGACCUACUGUACAGAGAAGAACUGAAUUGAAGGAAACAUGUUGCUGCUUUUUGGUUGUUCAUAAGAGGUAAGGUAUAAUAAGCAAAGAACAUGUCUUAGCUGUGAAGCCAAAUCAAAACAGCUUAGAGAAGCUGGAAAUGUUUCUCUCUGUUUCCUUGCAUACUGGUAGUUGAAAAUAAUCUUUUUUAAGAAAUCAGAUUUUUUUUGUAUGUUCCAUAUCCAUAUAAGCCAGAAGUUAUCAGGUGUGGAACAGGUUUCCUAAGACAGGAGAAAUAACGGGGGCCUUCCUAAGGAUAGCAAACUUUUAUGCAUGUAGGCAACGUAGACUUCGGUGGUUACUUUCAUUCUAAGCCCCAAGGGAAGAUAAGUCAAAGGAACAAGGCAGUCUUCGAUUAUGUAUGUGGUAUAGAAUUUGGAGGAUGGGAUAUCUUGAAAGGAAAGAGUAAAUACAUAGUAAAGGAAAUGUGACUUGGGAUACAGCUGAUAGUGUGAUAACUGAGAGCAUAAAUUAACCUAUCUAGGACCCACUGAUAGAAGACAGGUUGGUGUUCUUCCUGCUGGUUUAAACCAGAUCUGAAUAAGUGUUAGGUCAGAGUUCACUUGUUCCUUAGCAGCAACUGAUGCCAUCUUGUCACCAUGUCAUCUUGCCCAUGUUCCAUGUAAGUUAUAAACAUGUUAGGGAAAGCCUCUUUAUCCAAGUGUGUUGGAUGCCUUCUUUGGAUAGCUGCAGGUCAUUUUAUAAGCACUGGACAAAGGGGGGAUGAAGGGUGGCAGGUUUUUACUGAAGUGUCCUGCUACUGUGGGUAGUGUUCUAUAAUGUAUGUGAAAGUAGCUUUUGUGUUUAUCUCUUGCAUGCAAAAUUGCACCUUUGCUUCCAUGCUCUUAGCUGUUCACAGCUCUUACCCAUGGCAAGGCAGAGCCAAAAUGUAUGUCAUCUAUUUAGGAAAAUAUAUUAGGUCCACCCCACCCCCUCCAAAAAAAAAGCAUUAUCUGCCCCACUAGGAUGUUUAGCUUUACACCUGCAUUGUGCAAAUAACUGUUUUUAUCUGUUCAUUCUUAGGGGAGCUCCCAAUUGUCUAACCUAUUCAAUAGCAUACAGAAACUAUUAUCCUUUUUUCACUGAAACAUCCACUCUUUUUCUCUGUACAUGCUAACCUAUUCAUGCCUGGUUCUUAAUAGUUACGAGCAGGUAGUGAUAGGUAUGUGUAUGAAAACAACAGGUUGUAUGUGAGAUUUGAGAGAGCUACUGAAAUACUGUCACCUGUUUCAAUAGGAUAUUUUUCCUUUGCUCUUGCAUAAGUUAGUCUUUUUUGGAUGAAUGAAGAGUGUGCUGUCUUAUAGACCUAGUCUUAUGAAAUGGAUGGUAUCGGAUGUCAGUUUUCUGGACAUUAAGUUCCCAUGUCUGACUUCUUAUGUUUAGGGAAAAUUAGUUGCUUUGCAAUGGUCUUUUGCAGCCUGCCUUUCCAGUAGUAUGCAAAUAUAUGGAUAAACAAAUUGGGGAACAACAAAUAAAAGAAAGAAAAUGCUGAACAUUUCUUCUGCUGGGCAGUUGUUAGAGUUGUGGAGCAAAUUGAGAAAGGUCACAGGGGCUUAGGUGAGUAAAUGGAAAAGGCCCAGAAUGCAUUUCUAACUUAAGUGCUCAGAGCUUCACUGUAUGACCCAUCAUGUUGCUAUUCUCCCUUGCCACUUGCCCUGAAGUCUUGCACUGUUUUGCCUGGUGCAUCCCAUGCUCCAGUCUUGCUUGCUUUGCUGCUUAUUUGUCCACUAAGUGUGCAAGAACUGGGAUCUUAUUUUCUUAUUGUGAGUUUAUGUUCUGUGUAUAUAAAUAAUCCUCCACUUAAUCUGUGACAGAGCUUUGUAUUAAACAAAGGCGCCAUGGGCCAAUAGUGUAAGCAGAGUUCCCAGAGCUGAGAACUGAGAUUGCCUGAAUCUUCUGAUCUGCAGACUAUAUAGUUCUAAAUGUUUGUAAACAGAAAUCUUACUAUUUUCCCAAGAUAAAUGUUAGUCAGUGGUUCAGGUUUUGAGGACCCAUAGAAUUGGAGCUUAGGAUAAGAAUAUUCUCCUCCCCAUAUGGCUUCUUCUCCUGCAACUACGACUACUUUUAGUUGCAUUUUAAUCUGCCCUGCUUUCUAUCCUGCGCCUUUUGAGAGGUAUGUUGGUCCUAACUGAGUAAUUUUUGGAGAUUUCUGACUGGUAAAUGCAUAGUUUAUGAAUAGCAAGUUUGAAUCAACCUCUUGGUUCCUUUAGCCCAAUAUUGGCUGCUCUGAUAGACAGCACUUUUCUCAGAGAUAAAAAUUUUUCCCAGUUCCUUUUAAGUCAGUUACUCGUUAGUAUGUUGCAUGCAAGACAUAUAGUUAACAGCUGAGCAGAUAUAUAUAUAUAUAUAUAUAUAUAUAUAUAUAUAUAUAUAUAUAUAUCACAGUUUCAGGUCCUCCUGAAUUAUUAGAUGCACCAUCUAUAACUCAGCCAAAGGACUUUCCUUAUUAUAGGUAGGAAAAUGCCAUGUGUCUGUAUAGUCUGACAAAAUACUAGGACAUAGCAUAGAUCUAAGGAUGUGUAAAUUCUGCAAAUAUGGCAUUUGUUAAAGUUAGAAAUUCAGCAUGAUGAGAAGAUUUUUUAAUGAAAAGAUGUCUAACUCAUAUGGCUGCUAAAAUAGGCUUGCAAACAUAGGAGCAAUGCCUGGCCAAAAAAAUAAUAAACCUAGAGUGGAGCUGAAGCAAGCUUUCUAUUGUUAGUGAUAUCACUCCAGUAUAUUAGUGGUGUUAGGCAAAGUUCCUCUUGCACCUAUUAGUAUCUAGCACAGUGGUUCUCGACAUGUGGGUUCCCAGGUGUUUUGGCUUGCAACUCCCACAAAUCCCAGCCAGUUUACCAGCUGUUAGGAUUUCUGGGAAUUGAAGGCCAAAACAUCUGGGGACCCACAGGUUGAGAACCACUGAUCUAGCAGAAGAAAAAUAACUUACACUAAAAAAAACAUGUGGUUGACCAUAACUUGAAUAACAUGCAUACUGCAACUUUUGGUGCUUGCAAGAUUUGUGUUUUCAUGUUGCAAAGUUGCAUAUAACCUUUGAACCACCAAAUGCACUCUUAAUGGAAGCAUUGUGGUCUUAGGUCUGCCUCAGUACAGAAACAGUAGAUCGGCUCAGGUUCAUCUCUAUCCUAUUGCUGGCUCCGUCAGCAGCACAUUUAUGCUACUAGUGCAGUAGGAAGACUAGGGCUAACUGUUUGUCAUAGCUAGAGUAGACACAAUAGAUACCAAUUACAUUAGUGUUGGUUUUUUCAUUCAACACUGCUCUCUGGAAAUAGGAUUCAGGCCUCAUAGUAAGCUUCUUGGCAGAUGUCAAUUUAUCCAGCAACUACAUAGAGUCCACCGUGCUCAAUUUUGGCGCAUUUAGUUGCCAAGAUCUUGAGUUUCUUGACUGCAAUUUUAUCUUUUUCAAAUGCUGAGUGGGGUAAGAGAAAUGUGUAUGUCUGUGCCUAUAUUUCUUCCUUUUGUGCAACACAAGAUGAAACUGUCUAGAGCUUCUUGACAAGGAAUAGGCAUGCUCAAGUGAUGCUUAGAUCCUGACAGUUUUGUGUCAGUUUUCCUAAGGGAUGUUCCAUAUCUAGUCCUGGCCCUGAGGGAAUGUAGAAAGCAUCUGAAGAGAGGUUGCUUGUGAAGAUGGGAGAAAGUUGUUGUGCUAUUUCAGUUGCUCACAAUGGAGAUUCAGCUAAUGGAAGCAAGAGAGUAACAUUUUAUUAGGGAAGAUAUCAGAUAAAUAUGUGGAGCAGGGUGAUAAGGGAAAACAAAAGAACACAGACUCUGAAAUGACUUUUCUCUUUACAGUCAAUAAAAGCUAUGUGGUUGGACCUACAUUGUAGAUAAAGAUGUUUUGCAGAUUAAAUUAAAUGUUUCCUUUGGUUGGGUUCAUUCAGUUCCUGAAUCCAGUGUACUGAAAAUCAAUUCCUGCUUUGCGUAGCACUUAAGAAAUAUAAGCACAUGCUUUUAAAAAUACAGCACUCUCAUAUCGGGGCCUACCUAUAGUGUGAGUCAUUUUAAAUCCUCCCCUUGUUUUUUAUCUAAAUGUUUGUUUUCAGGCAAUCAGAGAACCAUAAUUCCAUGCUAUGUUGUGAGGCACAAGAAUAACUUAAUUGACUUUUGUCCUUUAGCAUAGCAGGAAUAUUUAUUACUCCGAGGGCAAGUGAGAUUCCGAUGAGACUGAUCAAUAUCUCAGUAGCCGUUUCUUGGAAGACAGGCAGUGCUAUGCUACAUUCUUGAGUACUGAAACAACAUAGUUGGAUAUACAUUGAAAAGCAACUCUGUUAUAGUAGGAUUUUUCCACUGAGCUAAGCCAAUGUAAUAAAGAAUCAGUUCUUCUGGGGCUGCUGUUUUGGUGUUAGACCCUUUUUAGAAAUAAUAUAGAUUUUUUCUGUAAUCUGGUGAUAACAAUGUGAUUUUAAUUUUGAGGAUACCUUUUACUAGAGGGCUUAAAAUGGAAAGGAUGGAGAAGAAACAGUGCAGAUUUAAAAGCUGGGUAAAGGGGAGAGACAUUAAUAUUUUUAAGGUGGAUUUCACAAGAGCAAAUGGUUUUCAGAAAAUAGAGACUCCUACCAGAAUCAGUGUUGCUUCAUGGUGCCAACUGCUACCACGCUGGAGAAAAUAUAUCUGAUAAUGGCUUUCAUGCCUAGUACUGAUUUCCCCUCCCUAAAACCUUCCACUUUCUGCCCAAAUCAUUUGAUACACCAUGUUGAUUCAGUUCUCUUGAAAAGCUUCUCAUUUCCACAUGAAUCAUUUCAAGGAGGUACAGAACUGGCGCUUGCUUCUCUUUUUGCAUUCACCCUUGCACUUUCCAAGUGCCAGGCCUCAGCCUUGUCAUAUCUAAUGCUGAUGGUUUGUUGCCCUUGUUUAUGUAGAAGGGCUUUUUGAAGGGAAGAUGGCACUCACUUUGGCCUUAUUGAACCUCUGAUGUAUGAGUGCUUCGUUGUAAGGUUGUGCAUGUAGUUUUUGCAAAGCUGAGGCCAUGUGUGAAAUUCUGUAAAGGAGUAAGCUGAAGUUGUUGUGUUCUAGCCUCAUGGCAUAUACAAAGUAUAGUUUGAAAACCAAUAGCUUAAAUAUAUAUCUGGUAACUUUUUUAUUUUGGAAAAUAUACAUUUAAUGAAAUAAUUGUGCACGAAUGAAGUGUUAUAUAUUUUUUUGUCUUAUAAUUCUUCAUUUUUAAAUAUAGUGUUUGCAUUUGCUUGGUUGCUUUUUAAAAUCCAGUUCUCAGCUGGCUAAACUUUCUAAAGUGGGUGGAUGUGAAGUGUUGCAGGGCAGGUGAUUCAAUCACCCUGUUCUGUCAGCAUUUCUCUCAGAAAAUUGGGUUACUCCAGGUUUGGUGGGGUGCUAAUUACUCUUGUAUCCUUGUACAUUUUAUUCUUUCUGCUGCUCUUGAGUAUUGUAUCAAUGCCAGAAAUGGGGAGUUAAAAGAUGAACCCCAAUAAAUUGUUACAUUCCAAAACCUA